UAAAUAAUAUUAUAUACACGAACGGCUGUUGAUAAUGGCAUCAUCAAGCGAGUCCUCGGCUGCAUCUGACCACGAUACAGAUAACAACGAUGAGACGCAGAAUGCUAUUCGCGAGGAUCUUAAAGGGAUGACCUUCGAAGAGGUAAUGCAUCUCAAGGAACAAUUGGGCGCGAAGGUCUACAAGGAAGCGAUACUGGGCGGUAAAAGGUCCAAGGUAAAACAGCCAAAAACAAAAUUGGAGCUCAAACGAUUAAAUAAGAAUCGGCCUCGUGAAAUCAGUUCAAAACGGCAGGUGCCCUUUUUGGGCGCAGAGCUGCGAGUGGAGCGUAAAAAGGAGACUGAACUACGCGAUCCGCGUUUCGACGAAAAGUCGGGCAACUAUGACAUUAAUACUUUCAAGAAGAACUACGAAUUCGUAACGAAUAUACGUGACAAAGAGGUUGUCCAGCUGCGGAAACAGCUGGACAAAGUGCGGGACGGCGAGGAGAAACAGAAAAUCAAGCAUACUAUGCAAAGACUUGUGAAUAAGAAUGUGGAAGACAAAAAGUGGCACCACAAGCAGCAUUUGUUAAAGAAGGAGCGCGAAGAGAUACAGAAAGCGCACAAUGAGGGACGGCAACCGCACUACAUUACAAAGAAGGAAAGGCGCGCCAAGGAAUUGGUUGCUCAAUUCGAGCGACUGAAAGAUGCUGGGAAACUGAAUAAACAUCUGGAAAAGAGACGCAAAAAGAACGCGGCCAAGGAUCGCAAGCGCAUUAGCAUAGAAUAGAAUAUCAGCUUAGUUAUAAAUGUAUAUUAACUAUUAAAAUUGUGUUUUACAUUUUGUGUAUUUAA